UAUUUAUCCUUCAGAUCAAGAAUGAAGAAGCUGCUGCGAGUGAAACAGCUGGCAAGCGAAAACCUCGGCAGAGCGGAGAAAACGGAAGAUCUCAACGAUGAACUCCAACAGAUCGAGAAGAAAAUUGAAAGCAUCAAGCAUGCGUGUCAACUGACUGUCAAGAAAUUGACAGCCUGUCUGUGUUCUUCGAUCAGUGACUUGGACCGAGUGAAGAGUGAGAUGGGCAAGGUGAAAGUGAGCAUGGGAGUGAAGCAAGGGAAAGUGCCUAAGACUGAGGAGCAGAAGCGAAAGCGUAAACUGCCAGAGUAUGGGCUUGCUACAGGCAUGCUGGAGGCAGCAAGUGGCCUUGAGGACAAAGCGAGUGGAUGCAAACCGCUUCUAAGUUGCCUGUUUGAGAAGUGUGCCGGCUGUGAAAUGGCUCUGGCAGCCACGAGAGUAGAACACGAAGUAAGUAUGGAGCAGGAAGUCGUGGCGCCAAUCAACUCCAUCCUUGAUGAUGAAGUCAAGCAGAUCACUCAAGCUCGAAAGGCUCUAACGAAAGCCAGGCUGGACAUGGAUUCUAACAAGUCGAGAUGGACAGCAGCAGUGAAGUCUGCUGAGACAGACAUGACGAAAACGGACAAAGCAGACCACAGGAAAGAAAAGUACGAAGAUUCAACAACAGAAUUCAUACAAGCCCAGGACGGGUUAGUAACUGAAAUGCUCCACUUUUGCUCGCAAGAAAUGCGACAUGCAUCCAUGUUGAAGAGGAUGUUAGAGCUCCAGCUGGAUUAUCAUCGUCAAUGCGUCUCUGUCUUGGAGGGAACUAUUCCAGGAGUGACACGAGCUUUAGAAUUGACAACGUCACAGCCAGUUUACGGUUGCUCAUUGGAAAAACACUUGCAACUAAACGGUCGAGAAAUCGCUGUUGUGAUUGAAGAAUGCAUCGCCGCACUCAUGGAGAUUGGCUUAGAAACUGAGGGGCUGUUUCGUCUGGCCGGAGGCGUGGCUCGAGUCAGAAAACUCAAAGCAAUGUUUAAUGCCAGGAUGGUCGAUAUGUCUGCGUUUGUCACCGAUGUUCAUGCUAUUGCAGGUGCAUUGAAGUUGUAUCUUCGUGAGCUUCCGGAGCCGCUCUUAACGUACGAGCUGUAUGACUCGUGGAUAAAGGCGGGAAUGAUGCAAGAUAAUGAUGCCAGACUGCAGUCGUUGUGGUCGCUAGUACAGAGUCUACCGCAAGAGAACUUGAGCAAUUUUAGGUAUCUGAUGACAUUCUUUCACAGACUUUCGACGUAUUCGGAUGUGAACAAGAUGGGAGCAGCCAACAUUGCUCUCGUCAUCGGACCGAAUCUUCUCUGGUCUCGUACUGAACAAGACAACAGCACUGGCAUGUCGGACACGACGGUUAGAUCCAAAAUCAUUGAGCUGAUCAUCGAACACUUCGACUGGUUUUUUCCUGAAGGUGCUUCGCUGCUCGUGUUGUCACAAGAGAGUUACUCGUCAUCCCAGAAAUCAGUAGCUACGUUUCCAGACGUAUCAACAACGAAUCCAAAACCGAUGCUACGAGGAUCACCCACCGGUAGUCAGCCUGUUCCUCAACCUCGACCCAGGACUGGCAGCCGACCUGUUCCAAGUCGAAAGCCUAACACAUCGGCCGUCUUCACAUCCAGUCCAACAAAUCAGACGUCAUAGAGACGGCAGUUGUCAACUGGGACGGAAAUGGGUUUGGAUAGUCGAUUUUUUGAGUAUCAUGUAGAUUAUUACGUUGAUAUGCUUUUGCUGGGUACAGAUGACCAGUAGAUGGUGGGAAUAUGUGGGUGUGGUUACCAGGUAUUUUUUCUUUACAAUCAGGAGACUUUGUCAUGUUU